AUGGACCUCCAUCGUGCCCCCUUCAAGAUGGAUAGCCCCUCUUACCUGCCCAACCCCCUGGCGUCCCCUGCCCUUAUGGUCCUGGCCUCCACGGCAGAGGCUGGCCGAGAUGCCUCCAUCCCAUGCCAGCCUCCGCGGCCGUUCGGAGUGCCCGUGUCGAUGGAGAAGGACGUGCACCUGCCCUUCGGCGGAGGCGCCUACACCUUCACCUCCAUGUACCACCACCGGCAGGGGGCCAUGCCGGGAGGCUUCCCCGGCCGAGACUUCCCUGCCUCCCUUCUGCACCUCCACCCCCAGUUCGCCCCUCCCAACCUGGACUGCUCCCCCCUGGGGAUGCUCAACCACGGUGGGGUAGGCGCCUUCCGGCCCUUCUCUUCCCCGCCGGAGGAGCGUGACGGGGCCUCCUACCACUCUGCCUUUACCCCCGCCGCCAAGAGGCUGAAGGCCUGCCUGGAGCCCGAGACGUCUCCCCACCUGCGCUACACCGAUGUCGAGGGUAAGGAGUACGACUUCACCGUGGGCACUCACGUGCCCUCGUGUUCACCAGGCUCGCGGCAGCCUGCCGAGGACGCUGGGAAGAAGCUGUACUCCAUGUCGGGUCUGCUGUCGGACGGAGAGGCCUCGUCCAGCCCAGAAGAGCGGAAAGAGCUCUGUGAGUAUAAGUCAACAGCCUUGUAUCCCGGCCAGGUGCCCGUGUGCCCCAUCUGCCAGGUGAUGCUGCGGCCGGGGGAGCUGCAGAGUCACAUGGAACAGGAGAUGGAGCGCCUCGCCCAGCUACACCUCAGCAAAAGUCCCAUGCAGAAGGACUCUCUCACUGCAGUGACGCCUAAGUCUUUGCUGAUAGCAAUGCAUAUUAAGCGUGAGGGAGAUCUACCAAUCAGCACACACCCUUUACAGCCUACAGAAGAUGUUCUUCUCUCUGACAGAUAUCAGACUUUUCUGCGAGUGAGGGCAAAUAGGCAAACAAGACUGAAUGUGAGGAUCGGGAAGUUCGGAAAGAGACAGAAAAUUGAAGAGAGCCAGAGGGAUGGAGUGUGUGUGGGAGAGGACGUGUCUGUGGACAUUGGCAGGGAGGACUACGUGUGGAGCGAGAAGAAGAGGCAGCACAUGGCCUCAUUCCUCAGGGGAAUUAAAGGUGUUGGCUUUGUCAGCAGCACCUCGAAAGAGAAUCAUGACAGUGACGCAGACCUGGAUGUGGACGGAGAUGACACUCUGGAAUAUGGCAAAGCACAAUACACUGAGGUCGACGUCAUCCCAUGUUCAGCAGAAGACGGGCGGAAGGCAGCGGAGAGAGAAGCACAGAGAGCAGCAGCGUUAAAUGGAGGGGUCCCACCACCUAGCAGCGGUCACUCAGAGUGCUCCAAAUGGACAGCUGAGGAGGCUCCAUCGACGAGCAACGGAGACAACAGCAAACUGGACAGCAGUGGCACAAACUUCCUGCAGGGCACCUGUAAAAACAGCAGCAUAGACAUGCUGUCUAAGGACUCCGGUCUGACCACCCUGGAGGCCCUGAAGUGUCGGAUACGAGAUCUGGAGAAACAGCUGUCACGGGGCGACAGAUACAAGUGUCUUAUCUGCAUGGACUGCUACACGAUACCUCUCACCUCCAUCCAGUGCUGGCACGUCCACUGUGAGGAGUGCUGGCUCAGGACUCUGGGGGCUAAGAAGCUUUGUCCGCAGUGCAACACCAUCACGUCACCAGGGGACCUGCGGCGUGUGUAUCUGUGA